AAAUUGGAUUUGAGUUAUUUAUUUGGCGAAAUCCAAUAUGGCCGCUUCCAUAGGGCUCAUGAGCCCUCCUUCGGCAUUCUUGAAACCCAUUUCAAGUGAAAUUCGACGAUAUAUUGUAUACUAGAGAAAAACCAUAUAAAGAAAUGCAAUUGAUAGUGUUUACGUAAUACCAUGACCUAAUUAGGCGAUUCACUACAUCUUUUUAAAAGAUUCCAUUCGUCAUGCACGCGUAUAGAAUGAUUGUAGGGCAACUGGUGGAUCGCUGACGAUACGUGACAGGGAGUGCUUGCGUGUUACAUUUGUUCAUCUAUAUCAUCUGAUAGCAUACUACAAUAUAUAGCGAACUGGUUAAGUCGUUUUAACCAGUGACUUUAAAAAUAUUUACUUGAAAAAUCCGCGACAGGGUAGAAAAUGCAUGCACCUUCUACCAUUUGUAUCUUUUUAUCGCAAGAACACGCUGCAUAAGAAUCGGUCCUUUCAUUUGUCAAAAAUCGAUUAAAAUGGAGAGCCGCCGGUCUUCGACAGCCACCAUGGCUCCUUCAGGGGACGAGUUCCUUCGUAGUAUGGCCCAGAUACGAGAUAAACUUCGGAAGAGAUUUCUAAGGAAGCCCCUAUACCUCGACGCGGCACAUAGUUAUGAGCUUCUGGCGGUCCGCGAACUGCAAUUGGAAUUCCCAGAAGGUGCUGCGAUGGCCUGGAAUGCUGCUGCUGAUGUAUACACAAACAUUCGACGACUGGGAGCGGCGGCAGAAAACUAUACCAAGGCGGCUAGAACAUACAUGAAAGAGGAGCUAAAUCUUAAAAAGCUGUGUAUGCCAUCGAUAGAGGAUCAUUUGAUCAACGGGCUCGAGUGUUACCAUCGAGCAAUCUGCACCUACGAAAAAAUAGCCGAAGUGAACAAAGGAUCAGAAGGUAUGGCGGGCUCAUUAUGUUACGAAGCUGGCUCAAAGCUACAGCAACUCGAGCGAUUCGGAGAAUCGCUAUGGUUUCUUGAGCGCGCGUGCCAAAAGUGGCCUGAAUCAACGGUGCUGAAAGUCGAAUGCUUCCUAUUACUUGCCAAGUCACAGGUAAAACUGUCAGAGUUCGAGUCGGCGGAAAUCACUUUCCAUGAAUUGGAUUCGCUUAUUAAUGCACACAUGGAACGGGCUUCUUUGGAGCAUACACAUCAGCAGGUGCAGAUUGCACUGGUCCUAUUAGCUGCACUUCUGGCACCGCCAGAGCAUAACCUAAGUCAGGCGCAGAGUGCCUUGUUUGAACGAUACAAAGGGGAGCCCGAUGAACAUAUGGAAAUUGAGGUGUUCCUGACGCUAAAGGCUAUUUUAGAAUGUUGUAAAGAGCGGUGCUUCGAGAAGAUGUCACAACAUUACGAUAUUCUAAUAGAAUUCUGCGACGAGACGUCAAGGUUGAUAUUGGACGAACUAGUUAAAACUGUCUGCCCAUACCAUUGUUAACCAGUUCGUCACGAGACCCGGCCAGCUAUGCCAUUGAUCCUAGACAACGCCUGCCAUUUAUAUAAGAAACUCGACUCACAACGAGCUUUCAGUUCCCCGACGCUUUUUACUAUGUAUAAUAAUAAUAAUAGUACUUUAAUGAAAAGUGUUUACUUGCGGCAAAUAGCUGCACAAAGAGAGAGUAAAAGACAUUGAUUGAUGC